GAGACGCGCGAGCCGGGUCGUGUGGCGGCGCGGCGAUGGAGUCCCUAAGCGACCCGCUGUGCCUGCAGGAUCUGGUGGCCGGCGGCGGCGACCCGAUGACACCGUCCAUGACGCUGGCCACCCUUGCGCCGCCGGUGGCGAUGCACCAUCACCACCACCACCACCACGCCGCCGCCAUGGCGGGCCACCCUCUGGGCGGCGCGCUCAACACGGCCUGCUCGGCCGUACUGCAGCAGCACCACGACGCCGAGCAGAAGAAGCGAGACUCCUUGUCCUUCUACUCAUCGAAACACGCAUACGACCGGAAAAGCCCAUAUUCGAUAUCGACGUCCACCGUGCUGCCGGACAAGGCUGCCGGCAGCAACGGCGUCGACGGCGGCGGGGGCCACAACGGUGCCGGCGGAGGGGGCGGGGCCGUCUCCUCGGAGGCCGACGACGACCCCAAGAAGAAGAAGCGGCAGCGGCGCCAGCGCACGCACUUCACGUCGCAGCAGCUGCAGGAGCUGGAAGCGACCUUCGCGAGGAACCGCUACCCGGACAUGUCCACGCGCGAGGAGAUCGCCAUGUGGACAAACCUCACCGAGGCCAGGGUCCGGGUGUGGUUCAAGAACCGGCGCGCCAAGUGGCGGAAGCGCGAGCGCAACGCCACGGCCGAGCUGAAGAACGGCUUCGGCAGCCAGUUCAACGGCCUGAUGCAGCCGUUCGACGACUCGCUGUACUCGGGCUACUCGUCCUACAACAACUGGGCCUCCAAGGUGCCCUCGCCGCUGGGCGCCAAGAGCUUCCCGUGGGCCAGCCCGCUGGUGCCCGGCGCCCAGGGCAUGGGCUGCUUCAACUCGCCGCCCGCGCCGCCCGGCAUAUCGUCGCCGUCCAUCGUGCCGACGCCCGGCAACGCGCUGAGCGCAGCGGGCGCGGCCGCCGCUGGCGCACCCUGCCCGUACGCGACGCCGGCCUCGCCGUACGUCUACCGCGACCAGAGCAUGACCUCGUCCAUCGCGUCCCUGCGGCUCAAGGCCAAACAGCACGCCGCCUCCAGUUUCAACACGUACAGCCCCCCGCGGCAGGCGAGCGCCUUGUCGCCCUCCUGCCAGUACGCCGACCGCACCAGCGUCUAAGACGGACCCGCCGGUGCGUGGCCACGCGGGGCUGUGCGCUGCCGACAUGGACUCUUUCCCCCCUCCCACUUGUGUUGCUAGAAGCGUUCGGUUCGCGCUCUCGGCCUGCCGCACGGACGUGUCUGCGGGUGCGUGUGGCGCUCCCAGUGCGAGCUGGCACUCGACAACGUGCGUGCCUGGCUGGCUGCAUUGCGUACGCGCAGACGAGUUCGUGCGGCGACCGGAGCAGGAAGCGGCAGGCGAGCGUUCUGGACUGGCACGCACCCGCGUCUGCGAGUCCAGGCAGCUAGCGCCUUCCCACGUGCAUAUACGCGCACAGACACCCCUCCUUGUUCCCGCCCUUGGCGUUUCGACACGGGAAACCGUUUUGCGCUCCGGGAAUGGACAGCCCAAUUUUUUGUCGGAGCAGUCCGUCACGGCUCACGAGAUGUCUUGAAAGUAUUUGGGAAACCGCCUCUAGCUCUUUGGUUAACUGCGCUCUUUAGUGCUACUGAAGACCAGGGGCCGAAUUCACAAAGUUUUUGCUUCGUAAGGAUUUCUUGCUAUUGGCCACUGCCAUCGCUAUACAAUAUCUCUGUUGCCACUUUUAGCUGGUAUGCUGUUACCAACAGUUCUGGUAGCCAACCGGAGAUUUGAUCUGGUUAACCUCCCUGCCUUUUCUUUGCUUUUAUCUCACUCUCUCUCUUGCGUAAGUGAUUUCUUGUGAAUACAGGCCCUCGUUUUCAGUGCGCGAUACAGCGCGAGGCGAUUUCUGCCCAUUAUGUACGCGCCUUAAGUUUCCACCACGUAGGGCUGAUUAUUUUUUUAGAGAAUUGGUUCAUAACCAUGACUAAAUUAACGUGCUCAAGCUUUCUUUCGAUGACAAAUGAAAAUAUUCCAGAGUGAGACUAGUACGUUCCUCCUGCACUCAAUGGAUUCAUUUUGCAAGAACCACUUCAGUGUGCUCAGUUUCAAUUUCACAAAUGUAAAUUCAGCAGAGAAGCUUAAUUUUCUGUAUGAUCAUGUCGCUCUACAUGUUUAGGACAGGUCAACAGUAUGUGACCUGUGCUAAGCAUUGCAGUUCUCGCUUGCACUAAAUUGACGCACGGUACGGCUACGAUCAGAUUUAUUGGCUAAUAAAUGACCGACAUGGUUAUCCACAAUACACGGGAACUUUCAGGCUUACCAUUUGCAAGACUUAUAUUGCAAUAAGGAAGCUUCCAGUUGCUUGUUUAUCCUUAUGGCACGUCCGUGCUCGGAACGAGGGUUUUAUACGUUGCGUGCUGCAAAGAAAUUGCAUGUCUUCAUGCAGUUUCUAUGUUUGCUUCAUUUGAUUUCAUUUUCUUCUCGAACUGUAAUGGUUAUGGAACGUUUAUACUCUUUGAAACCCCACAUAUCAGUCAAUGAAUUCUAGUCGUAGCUGUAGAUGCGCUCAAAAUAUCCCAUUCUCCUCGUUAGAACAUAUCAUACCUUGAACAAAUUUUUAACUACAUGAUGGAAUCGAGAAACACAAGUACAUGUGAGUAGUUCAGUACUUUUGGCUGUGAAUGCACGCGUGUGGGCAUUCGACUUCGGCUGAGAGAAGUCGAUGCGAAUCUGUCAGCCAAAGUAAGUGCCACUUUUCGAAAGUGCUUGCAACGUGGUGCGGCGUAUAGUCCAAAGUCCUCCCCGCCCGAUCCUUGAGCGCAAAGCAGUUUCUAGUGUGGUACGAACAACCCUUUCUUUCUAAUCCGGCACGCUCGUUUGGUCCUCGAGGCAGGGGCCCACGGACGCUCUCGCGCAAACAGUCCUGGUGCAGAGCGGCCUCUGGAUUGUGGCGACGACGAUUGCAUCGCACGGUGGACUUGUCCGCGGCCAACGCCGCAGACGUCUUCGGACUUUUCCGACCUAGCUAUUUGGCGGCGCGGCGCACAGCAUCGGAACUCUACCUGACUGCGUCGGAAGAUGUUCUUUUCCACCCUGGCGGUUCUGCGGACGAACGCCAGUCAUUCUGUACACGGCGACGGGACGUCGUCAGUCUUCGUGUGUGUGGUUGCAUGACUUUUGGGACACGCAAGUUCGCGUGCCGAAUGAGUCGUGUGUGUUUGCUUGUUUCUUUUCUUGUGACGCGUGUACGUUCCUUGCACGCUUUCUGUGUAUACGCUGUGGAUAUGAAGCACCAUUUCAGAUCACUACACUCGCGGACGUGUAGUUAUCUGGAAUGCUUGCUGUGGGGAGGGGGCAAGCAAGCCGGGCCGAGGCGUCUUCGUUUUUGGUAGAACUGGCUGACGAAGAGCUCACGGGUGGUGCGCCUCAGCUAGGCGGAGGAGUCCGUGCGCGGACGAUUCGCUUGCAGCCAACGUGUGCGUCCCUUGCGUUUGCACAGCUUUCGGUGACAACUGGAGCGUGACGCCACCACUGGAAUCUCGGCAGGAGUGCGUCGUCGCGCGUUUCAUUACGAAACGGCGCCCCGUGGACUUCCUUUUCUUGUCCCCUUCGCAGAUCACUACGCGUCCACUAAACGCUGCUUACGGGUCUGGCUUCAAGCUUAAGCCUGCGUGCGGAACGAUGAGGCGCAUGAAAUACGGACCUUUGAGGCACGCCCUACGCGCUCGCCGUGAGGUUCUACUUGUAUCGUGUUUCCAUUGACGUCAGCGAGUCGCAGGACGCCAUUAGAAACACAAGCUUAUAUUUUUGAAGGGUUAGCCUUCCUUCUCGGCCACUUAUGUAACGGUUCGGUACUGGACAAAGCUAGGUAGUUGUCUCGGAACAAAGACCUAUUUUAUAGGGAACAGAAGCGAGAAGGUAUACAAACGAUUUCGUUUGAGCCAAUUGAUGCAACCGGUGGCGGCUGGUUAGCGAGGUAUAUUUUUGCUUAGUUCCUGUGGCAGGCUAAUUGCUAUCGAAAUUAAAAAAAAGUAUAUUUCUUACGUAAAACUUGUGUCAAGUGCUCUAAGCUAUUAAGGUGGAUUGAGGUUGUGGUACAGCCAUUUGCCUUUCGUAUUACGUAUGUAUUCGCGUUCAUCAUUACGGGCACCGAGUGAAGCUGUACAAUACACGGAUCCCUAACGAGAUGCUUCCUCGUUUCGCUGACAGUUCCGGUAUUUGAUUUAUAACCUCAUAUAAAUGCUGAGCCUGGAUACGGCACGCAACUUCUUUACGAAAACUAAAGCAGUUGUUUGCUGCCAGCUAUCUUAUACCGCCGAGAUUAACGCAAUGGGAAUGGACCUUGCGGUCUAUGCCAGUGUGAAGUAUUACCUCCAGUUUUAUAGGAGCCAGUGCAGAUCCAAAGACGUCUGAUUCAAAACAUUUUGCAUCUAAGCGCUGGAACACAUUUCUCAUGCACGUUUGAAGACGCCGUGCAUUUUGUUUUUAAGUGUUACCCUUCUUUCUGGGGUUUUACGUGCCAAAACCAGUUCUGAUUAUGAGGCACGCCGUAGUGGAGGGCUCCGGAAUAAUUUCGACCACCUGGGGUUCUUUAACGUGCACUACAACGCAAGCACACGGGCGUUUUUGCAUUUCGCCUCCAUCGAAAUGCGGCCGCCGGGGCCGGGAUUCAAUCCCGCGACCUCGGGCUCAGCAGCGCAACGCCUUAGCUGACUGAGCCACCCCGGUGGGUUUUUAAGUGUUAC